GGAUUAUCAGGCCGGGAGAGUCCACUUCCAGCUCACCUCGGAGCUCCGGGAGCCCUUCAGCACCUGCUUGGUGAGCGCGAUUACGUCAGUACCACAGGUGGUCACCUUCUCCGUGAGAAGCCCCUUCACGGACUGACCGAACCGCGCUUGAGACUCUGGCGUUCCAGUCGCCAUCAUUUCAGUUAGCGAACGGCUGCGCACUGACGAUGGUGCGGAGAAACGUUCAUCGGUCUGGUCCACAGAAACGCUUGUUCAGCUCUCUGACGAUUGGUAAGUUGUCUGUGUAUUGUCCAGGCUAACUUUGGGUCACUCAGAGUCUAAACAUUAUGCUUAUCUCUGCCAUAUUAAACUCCUGUUAAAACAGGGGGGAGUUCGGGUACCCAUGGAAAAUAUGGUCACCCUAUUCAGGGCAGUGGAAGAACACUGUCCUUUGUUUCCUGAAAAGGGAACAUUAGAUGUGGAACUAUGGGAUCGUGUUGGUGCAAAAUUCCGGGAACUGGUCCCAACAGGAAAUUAUGUUCCCGUCACUGUUUGGGGUGACUGGGCCUUGGUAUGUGCCGUCCUAAUGACAUACCAAUCCCAUCACCCCCUGCAGUUACCACAGUUUUCUGAAUCUGGAAACCCUCCACCUCUUCCUCAACCUUCCUCUCCCGCAUGGCCUUCGUUACCUGAUCAGCCUCUCCCUUCGCCUACUCCUUCCCCACCUGAGGAUAUUGAAGAUUCAAUAUCUAACUCCAGUGACUUUGGCUUAACGUCACCCCCUGAUGAUCUUAUUUCUUUUCACGAACAGCCAGUACUUGUAGCUCCCACGGCCCUGACUUGGACAGCCCAGGACUGUAUCUAUGCUAACUCUUCCCUCUUCAAACCUUUGCAGCCUUUGCCUCUGGAGCCAUCUAAUGGCUCUGGAACUAAACUACAAUUUACCUGUAAUUCUGCAGGCCCUCCUCCAUCCACCACAGCCCCUCACCCUCCUGUCAUUUCGGUUCCUCAACUGGUCACUUUGCCAUCCACUCAACCUGCUUCUCUGUACCCUUCUUCACAUGUGGACACCCCUGCCACUCUGGUUGCACAGGAUUGGGCAAUAAUCACCAGUAUGCUUCUGCCUCUUCUGCUCCUCCAGUGCCCCUUUCUCACACUCUCAUACUGGUCCAACCUCCUCAGCCUCAGUUUCCCUUAUCUACACAUAAUUUUCCUGUCACUUCUGUGCCAACUCUGUCUCAUGUGCCUGUUGUUGAAAUUUCCGUGCAAUGCUUAUUACGCCAAAACAAACAAGUGGAUUAGAGGCGUGGGCUUAUCCGGUCGUGCUGGAACCUCGCAAUGCUCAAGGGGUACAAGUGCAUCGAUAGGCGCUGCUCAAUCUUACCUUUUUAAAAGAAUUCAAGGAUGCUUGUACUCAGUAUGGUCCUACUUCUCCAUAUGUUAAAAUGGUAUUACAGACUCUUUGUACAGAGGUCAUUUUGCUUCCUUUAGACUGGGACCUUUUGGCAAAAGCUGUUCUAACUCCAUCUCAGCAUUUACAAUUCUGUACCUGGUGGUCAGGGGAGGCCCAUCUGCAGACUCAGCUAAAUCGGGCUGAUGGCAUUCUAAUUACUCAGGCUCAGCUCACAGGCUCCAAUAAUUACUCUGACACUACUGCCCAAUUAGGCUCUGAUGCUCUCACCAUGGAACAAGUAACAAAGGUGUGUAUGAGAGCUUGGGAUAAAUUACACGCCCCAGGCCAAGCUCCUGUUUCUUUUACUACUGUUAAACAGGGUCACAAUGAAUUAUAUCCUGAUUUUUUAGCUAAAUUACAAGAUGCUGUUGAAAAAUCUGUCUCUGAUGAGCACGCUCAAGGUAUUCUUCGAAUGUUAGCUUUUGAGAAUGCGAACCAUGAGUGUAAAAUGGCCAUGUGUUCCGUCCAACAACAAAAUUUACCUGAUCGCGAGGUGUUGCCUGAGUAUAUUAAAUAUGAAGGUAUUGGAUCAGACACAAAGCUAUUCUGUGCCCACAAAGCUAUUCUGUGGGCACGGGCCAUGAAGGAUGGCAAUCAAACUGGCUCGACUGAUUCUUUUCUUGGAGCCUGCUAUAAUUGUGGUCAACUUGGUCAUACUCGAAAAAAUUGCACUGUUAAAAACUUAAAGGCAGCCAAGCCAGCUCAAAAAACACAGCCAAAUGUUCCUGCUACUGUUUGCCCUUGUUGUUGUAAAGGUAAACAUUGGGCAAGUACUUGCCACUCUAAGUCUGAUAUAGAUGGAAAUCCCUUGCCACAGAACCAGGGAAAUGGGAAAUGGGGCCAGUCCUAGGCCCCAAUUUCAAAUGGGACACCUCAGACUCAGACCAAUGUUGCCUUUCUGCUUCAAUCGGUCCCAACGCAGCCCCCAGCAUAAACAAAUUUACCUACAGCCAACCCAGAUGAGUCCCAGCCUCUUCUUCUGUCUCAGUACAACGCUUAUCUAUGCUCCAGAGUAAGGGGAGGGGCAGUCGAUCUCUGUAGUACCAUUCCUCUAAAUUUACUACCUAAUUCUUUGCCUUUAAUUCCCAGACCAAUACCUGGGAACCUGGAACAAUUAUAAUGUGGGGAAGAGGGUAUGCUUAUAUUUCACCAGGAGAUCAUCAAUCCCCUGUCUGUGUGCCCACUAGAAGACUUAAACUUCAUGUGAAUACUGACAAUAAAAACCACAGGGAAGAGACGUCCACGUCAGAGACCACCCUCAUACCUGGUGAGAUCUGUGCCAACUCCUCAGAAACUGGCACGCCAAAUCAAAAUGGGACUGGUUCAAUCCUCCCUAAUGGCAACAGAGACCCCUCUAACUAAUCCCACUUCUCCUAAUUCCCUUUCUUUUUCUCCUUACGAACCUAAAAAUCUCACCAUUUCUAUUAGCCUGAAAAUAACAUCCCCUUGUUCUUCUAUUCGUCCUUCAGCACUGGAUCUUGCUUACAAUAGGUUUUAUUUAAUAAUUCUCUUCCUUAUACUUUCUGUCUCACCAGUUUCCCCUCACAUUGAUUUACCUGCUACACAAAAUUAUUCUUGCUGGGCUUAUGUGCCUUUUCCUCCACUUAUUCAACCUCUCGCCUGGAUGGAUGCUCCUGCGGAAAUCUAUGCUAAUGAUAGUGUGUGGAUGCCUGGAGCUACAGAUGACCGUUGCCCCACUCAACCAGGAAAAGAAGGCACUGCAUUUAAUGUUACUAGGGUUAUAAAUACCCUCCUCUGUGCCUUGGACAUGCACCUGGUUGUAUCCAUCUAGAAACUCAAGUCUGGGCUGCGUACCUUCUGGAGAGAUCAGCCACAGGGGAAUGGGGACAUUUGGUCUCCAGCCUCUCCCUUUCUCCUUUAAGACAAAUGAAAGGGGGAGUAAUAGGAGAUAACCCCUACUUUCAAUAUAAACCUGUAGGAAAACCAUGUCCUAAAAUUUUUGAGGGCCCAUCUAAAUCUUUAAUUUGGGAAGAUUAUGUUAAUUCACAUGCAGUACUAUUAAAAAAUGACUCAUAUGGUUUAGUAAGAGACUGGGCACCAAAGGGCUAUUUGAAAAGCAGUUGCUCUUCUGGUGGAAGGGAAUGCCUGGAGGCUACUUGUUUUAUUUCUUAUUGGGAGGACGAGGAUCAUCAUCCUACUUUGCAUAGGAGGUUCAGCUCAUUCUGUCCCUUAAAAUGGGAAGAUAAGAGCAUUACCCCCUGCCACCCGAGGCCUCUUAUGAUAUUCCCCAUUCUGAGCCCAGAACACCCAGAACUUUGGAAAUUGGCUAUUGCCAUGUCCAGACUGCGAGUAUGGGAAGGGGAAACUUUUCUUUCUGUUGUCCCCACUACCACCCCUCACAUCCGUGAUUCUGAAACCCAUGAUAAAUCCCUUUUGGACCAUUUUCCUCUUUUUGAUGCCAGUCCUCCUUUAUGGGACUCUGAUUGGCAUUAUGAUAAUUCUUCUGGACCCAGAUAUGUCCCCCUACCUCUUCAGAAUCCCCGGGCACCUCGGAUUGCUUCUUUACGGCGUCAAACAUUGGGCGUUGCCACCGCCACUCCUCCCCCUCGGUAUCAACGUAGAUUCAAACAUUCUGCUUUGUUUACCUCCAGCCUGACUAUUCCUAUACAGAGUUGUGUUAAGCCUCCUUACAUGCUGUUAGUGGGAAAUAUCAAAAUUUGGAUGAACAAUCAAACCGUCCAAUGCAUUAAUUGUCAUUUAUCCACUUGUGUUAACUCUGUUUUGACUCAGGAAAAGUGUAAUGUUGGUUCGAGCUUGAGAAGAAUCUGGAUACCAGUAACUUUACCCAGAACUUGGGAAUCUUCCCCCUCAGUACAUUUAAUUAAUGAAGUGUUACAACGAAUUCUCAAAAGAUCAAGAGAUUUGUUUUCACUUUAAUCGCUGUGAUAAUGGGUCUAAUUACAGUCACUGCACUGGCCACCACUGCCAUAGUGGCAUUACACCAAUCUAUUCAAAUGGCUAAUUUUGUUAAUGAUUGGUAAGGCAAUUCCACCCAAAUGUGGAAUCCUCAACAAGGCAUUGAUCAAAAAUUAGCUAAUGAUUUAAGACAGUCUGUUAUUUGGCUUGGGGACCAGCUAAUUAGUCUCGAACAUCACAUGCAAAUGCAGUUCGAUUGCAACACUUCUGAUUUCUAUAGCACACCAUAUUCCUACAACGAGACUGAUCAUGGGAAAUGGUCAAAGGACACCUUCUGGGUAGGGAAGAUAAUUUAUCCUUGGACAUAACUAAAUUAAAGAAACAAAUUUUUGAAGCCUCUCAAGCUCAUUUAUCCAUUGUGCCUGGAGCUGAGGCGUUAGAUCAGGUGGCAUAAAGUCUUUCUGGACUAAACUCCACGACUUGGAUUAAGUCUAUUGGGGGCUCCACUGUAGGAAAUUUUGGAAUCAUGUUUCUCUGUUUAAUCAGCUUGUUUUUAGUGUGCCAGACCAGUCAAAGAAUCCUGCAUCAAAACCGAGAGAACGAGCAAGCCUUCAUCACCAUAGCACAUUUAUAUAAAAAGAAAGGGAGAGAUGUUGCGGGAAGUCAGGGACCCUGAAUGGAGGGACUGGCUGCAGCCAUGGCAGAGGAACAUAAAUUGUGAAGAUUUCAUUUUAAUAUGGACAUUUAUCAGUUCCCAAAUAAUACUUUUAUAAUUUCUUAUGCCUGUCUUUACUUUAAUCUCUUAAUCCUAUUAUCUUUGUAAGCUGAGGAUGUUUGUCACUUCAGGACCACUGUGAUAAUUGUGUUAACUGUACAAAUUGAUUGUAAAACAUGUGUUUGAACAAUAUGAAAUUAGUGCAUCUUGAAAAAGAACAGAAUAAGAGCAAUUUUUAGGGAACAAGGGAAAACAACCAUAAGGUCUGACUGCCUGCAGGGUCGGGCAGAAAGAGCCAUAUUUUCCUUCUUGAGAGAGGCUAUAAAUGGACAUGCAAGUAGGGAAGAUAUCACUAAAUUCUUUUCCUAGCAAGGAAUAUUAUUAUUAAUACCCUGGGAAAGGAAUGCAUUCCUGGGGGGAGGUCUAUAAACAGCCGCUCUGGGAAUGUCUAUCUUGUGCAGUUGAGAUAAGGACUGAGAUACGCCCUGGUCUCCUGCAGUACCCUCAGGCUUACUAGGGUGGGGAAAAACUCCGCCCUGGUAAAUUUGUGGUCAGACCAGUUCUCUGCUCUCGAACCCUGUUUUCUGUUGUUUAAGAUGUUUAUCAAGACAAUAUGUGCACUGCUGAACAUAGACCCUCAUCUGUAGUUCUGCUUUUGCCCUUUGCCUUGUGAUCUUUGUUGGACCCUUAUCAGUGGUUCUGCUUUUGCCCUUUGCCUUGUGAUCUUUGUUGGACCCUUAUCGGUAGUUCUGCUUUUGCCCUUUGUCCUUUCCCUCAGAAGCAUGUGAUCUUUGUUAGACGCUCAUUAGUAGUUCUGCUUUUCGCCCUUUGAAGCAUGUGAUCUUUGUCCCUACUCCCUGUUCUUACACCUCCUCCCCUUUUUGAAACCCUUAAUAAAAACUUGCUGGUUUGAGGCUCAGGUGGGUAUCACAGUCCUACCGAUAUGUGAUGCCACCCCCAGCGGCCCAGCUGUAAAAUUCCUCUCUUUACACUGUCUGUCUUUAUUUCUCAGCCGGCCGACACUUAUAGAAAGAACCUACGUUGAAAUAUUGGGGGUGGGUUCCCCCAGUACGCUAGUCCUGCUGAUGAGCAAAGAAGGUGUUGAUGGCAUUUUGAUCAACAAGAAAUAUUAUGAAACGGCCUCCCACCUCUGGCAUUCCUAGUACUGACCUCAUCUCUCCCUUCCCUUCCACCGCUCCCCACAGCUUAGCACCCCUUUCGUUCCCAUACACACGUACAUUUUUAUUUUGGGGACCAUUAACCCACAGCCCUUAUUGCUGCCAAAACCACAUGGGCUGGAGGGCCAGGGCUGGAUGGACAGUCACACCACUGCACACCAGCCUGGUGAUGGAGCAAGACUCUGAAAAAAAAAAAAAGCAUAAAAGACCUUUGACAGUCCCUGCUACUUGUGACCCUCCUGACUCUGUCAUCUGUCCAGUGAUUUUGAUUUUGCAACAUGGAAAGUUCCAAGCCUUGAUUCCUGAGCCCAGAUACCAUUCGCACUCUGGAGUCAUUCAAGCAUGGGGAGCUCCUCAGAGGGUGAUCAACUGACCUCCCUUACCUAGCUCCUCCUCUGGAGGUUUGCCCUGGAGUUGAGCCAGCCCUUGAGGAGGCCUUCACUCCCACCGCCUCUCUCCCUUCUGGAUAUGAGCUCAGGCCUGGCUGGGCUCCAGGAGAAUCUUUCCACAAGGCAAGAGAUAACACAAAGUCAAGGUGAAGAUCAGGGUAGCCCUUUAAAAGGCCUCCUUGUGCCCUACAGUUGCCACAGCUCUUCUCCUCCACUGCUGUCUAUCUUGCCUGCCGGCCCCCAGUCACCAUGUGGGAGCUCGUGGCUCUCUUGCUGCUUACCCUAGCUUAUUUGUUUUGGCCCAAGAGAAGGUGCCCUGGUGCCAAGUACCCCAAGAGCCUCCUGUCCCUGCCCGUCGUGGGCAGCCUGCCAUUCCUUCCCAGACAUGGCCAUAUGCAUAACAACUUCUUCAAGCUGCAGAAAAAAUAUGGCCCCAUCUAUUCCUUUCGUAUGGGCACCAAGACUACAGUGAUUGUCGGCCACCACCAGCUGGCCAAGGAGGUGCUUAUUAAGAAGGGCAAGGAGUUCUCUGGGCGGCCUCAAAUGGCAACUCUAGACAUCGCGUCCAACAACCGUAAGGGUAUCGCCUUUGCUGACUCUGGCGCACACUGGCAGCUGCAUCGAAGGCUGGCGAUGGCCACCUUUGCCCUGUUCAAGGAUGGCGAUCAGAAGCUGGAGAAGAUCAUUUGUCAGGAAAUCAGUACAUUGUGUGAUACGCUGGCCACCCACAACGGACAGUCCAUAGACAUCUCCUUUCCUGUCUUCGUGGCGGUAACCAAUGUCAUCUCCUUGAUCUGCUUCAAUACCUCCUACAAGAAUGGGGACCCUGAGUUAAAUAUCAUGCAGAAUUACAAUGAAGGCAUCAUAGACAACCUGAGCAAAGACAGCCUGGUGGACCUAGUCCCCUGGUUGAAGAUUUUCCCCAGCAAAACCCUGGAAAAAUUAAAGAGCCAUGUUAAAAUACGAAAUGAUCUGCUGAAUAAAAUACUUGAAAAUUACAAGGAGAAAUUCCGGAGUGACUCUAUCACCAACAUGAUGGACACACUGAUGCAAGCCAAGAUGAACUCAGAUAAUGGCAAUGCUGGCCCAGAUCAAGACUCAGAACUGCUUUCAGAUAACCACAUUCUCACCACCAUAGGGGACAUCUUUGGGGCUGGUGUGGAGACCACCACCUCUGUGGUUAAAUGGACCCUGGCCUUCCUGCUGCACAAUCCUCAGGUGAAGAAGAAGCUCUACGAGGAGAUUGACCAGAAUGUGGGUUUCAGCCGCACACCAACUGUCAGUGACCGUAACCGUCUCCUCCUGCUGGAGGCCACCAUCCGAGAGGUGCUUCGCCUCAGGCCCGUGGCCCCUAUGCUCAUCCCCCACAAGGCCAACGUUGACUCCAGCAUCGGUGAGUUUGCUGUGGACAAGGGCACACAAGUUAUCAUCAAUCUGUGGGCGCUGCAUCACAAUGAGAAGGAGUGGCACCAGCCGGAUCAGUUCAUGCCUGAGCGUUUCUUGAAUCCAGCGGGGACCCAGCUCAUCUCACCGUCAGUAAGCUAUUUGCCCUUCGGAGCAGGACCUCGCUCCUGUGUAGGUGAGAUCCUGGCCCGCCAGGAGCUCUUCCUCAUCAUGGCCUGGCUGCUGCAGAGGUUCGACCUGGAGGUGCCAGAUGAUGGGCAGCUGCCCUCCCUGGAAGGCAUCCCCAAGGUGGUCUUUCUGAUCGACUCUUUCAAAGUGAAGAUCAAGGUGCGCCAGGCCUGGAGGGAAGCCCAGGCUGAGGGUAGCACCUAAAGGCUGUAACUCACAGCCCCUGUCCACCCUAUGUGGCCCCACAACACAGAUUUAGAGAUACAACUCCCCACCCUUCUCCGCCAUUCUUCCCUACUCCCAACCCACUCCGCCUUCUUUUUCAGCCUGUGGCAAUGCCAGUGAUGUGCAUAAACCGUUUUUUUUUUCCAUAA